GCUGAGAGGCUCCCCUCAACACUCACAGACGAAGCUCCGUGUCCUUCACAACAGCAAACAUGGCGACGGCCACCAAAAUCGUCCAGAGGCUGCGAAACUUCUUAGCAGGGCGGGAGCUGCAAACCAAACUCCAGCUGCGAUAUGAGGAGGUUGCAAAGAGGACACAGCCGCCGCCCAAACUGCCCGUUGGCCCGAGCCACAAGUUCGCCAGCAACUACUACUUCAGCAGAGACGGACGCAGACUGUCAGUACCUGCCACAGUCAUCAUGUCAUCACAGAAGGCUCUCACUGCUGGCAGCCAAGUUGCUGAAGCCCCAAAGCCUCCAGUGACUCCAGGCGCUGUAUAUAUAGAUCCACCACUCUCCACAGAUGAGCCGUACCUCUGAGCAGCAGGACAAACUCCUUCAGCGCCAACAGCCUCAUUUCUCUGUCCGGUGCUGCUGUAGAGGCCUAAACCACAGCACAUGGUGUCUGUAUCCUGUACAAUAGAAAGUGUGAAUAAAGUGUGUCCUUUGUUAAA